CAAACAUCUGCACUCCACAGGCAAUCCUCUCUUUGCUCCACAAACCACCAGUAAAAGAUGUCCGGGCCUGUUACUGAGAUCGCGUACGUGCCUAUCAAGAAAAGUGUGGAUCUGGAGUCCGGUGAAGGCAAGAGCGUAUUGGACGAAACGCUGAAAACUAUUGCCAGCCAGAAAGGUUGCAAACGCUUAUCAUGGGGCACUCAAAUUGAGACUCCGAGCAUUGUACAGAUGGCCAUUGACUGGGAGUCCCUCGAUGCACAUAGGGCUUUCAUCGCCUCGGACGCAUACGGGCCAUUCUUGGACCGCCUAGCCACAAUCCUAGACGGCUCACCUCACUUCUUCCACAUCAAGCUCCCCGUCCCGUCCCAGGAAUCAGGAACACCUUCCUUCGACGCCCCAGUGACCGAGUGCGUCUCUUUAUACUUCGAUCCCUCCCUCGACGAGGCUACCUACAACAAGAGCUUCUCCACCUUCGUUGCCGAAGCAGGCAAAGUCCAGGGCUCUGGAGCAACAGGUCUGGUCGGCGGCUGGGGCGUAGAGACACAUAAGGUCGACCGUGGGGAGGACGAGAAGAAAUUCUUCGGUGCUUUCGUUGGAUGGCCAAGUGUGGAGAGCCAUAUGGAGCUCUGGAAGAAGGAGGAGUUUCGGAAGGUUGUUGAAAAUCUGAAAGAGGGGGUCGAGAAGAUCAAGAUGCAUCAUGUCGCUUUCAAGAGGUUUGAGGUGUAGAUGUAUGGGGUCGUUUUGGAUAUCAGCGAUGACCUGGAUCUGUGAGGCUGCGAGUGUGUGCCGAUUUGGUCGGAGUCAUCAAUUUUCGCCUUGAAUUCGAG